AUGAAUUUCUCCUGGAUUUCUCUCCUUUCUUCCAACCUGAUCUUAUGAAUAUUGCAUUACUAGCAACCAGGCAUACUUGGAUCUGCACCUACCAAUGAUAUCUGGUAACUUGUUUAGCAUCGCAUCUAGCGGGUUCCCCGAAUUGCAACCCCACCGGGACCAGAAAUUCGGUACGUAUGCAAGGCGUUUCAGAGAAUCCUGCCAAAACAACAAUGAGGUUGUACGAGAAGGUUGCACGUAUUGCAUCGCAAGGUCGAUGCUGGGCAGAAGGAGAAUGGACCAGACGACAGGUCACAUUAUGCAGGGUAGCGAAUCUCUCCCAUCGAUCGAUUCCACUGCUUUCAUCCUGCUAGGUACCGUUGACGACAUUGCUUUUAGCCCAGAAAGCAGCCGAUCGAGCAGCUCGCUCUACCGUCAUGUCUGCAUUCCGAGUGUCCCGAUAGCCCUUGCUGUAGCCUGGGCGAGCGGAGAGCCAUGGACACCGGUCUUUUCCAAAUGCCAUCAAUCAUAUGCCAGCGAGCAUCCACGGGGCUCCAAAAUCCAAGUAUCGGGUCGGCAUUGGAUGUUCAGGAAUGACAAGACGGAGGCAGGCAUAGAUACAUAGGUUGAUGACCGGAGAAGUUGCCUGGGAGAGAAGAUGGAACUUGAAGGUUGUUGCCGCCUAAAGACGGGGGAAGAUUAAUAUUGUAGGACGCAACAAGUAGGUAGAUAAAAUAGGGAGGGCACAGAUGACCCCCGGGGCGGAAGGAAAUUGCCUCCUAAAGCUAAAUUAUUUCCUUCUUGGGGCACUCGGUUCCAGGGAUACACAAAAUAAUAUAAUUGGAAACUCAAGGCUGCAGCAGUCAUUAUUGAUUUCCUCACCUCUGCUCUGUACUAGGGUUGUGACCGGUGAGAAGGGACGGUAG